AUGUCGUCCCGGCCCGGGCGCGACGAUGCGGGCGCCGGGGGCGCGCGGCGGCCCCGGGAGCCCCCGGAGCAAGAGCUGCAGCGGCGGCGGGAGCUGAAGCGGCGGCGGCAGGACGCGCAGCAGCUGCAGCAGCUCAAGCACCUGGAAUCCUUUUAUGAAAAACCUCCUCCUGGGUUUAUCAAGGAAGAUGAGACUAAGCCAGAAGACUGUAUACCAGAUGUCCCAGGCAAUGAACAUGCCAGGGAAUUUCUGGCCCACGCACCAACCAAAGGACUCUGGAUGCCACUCGGGAAAGAAGUCAAAGUCAUGCAGUGUUGGCGCUGUAAACGGUAUGGUCACCGAACGGGCGACAAAGAAUGCCCUUUCUUUAUCAAAGGCAACCAAAAGUUAGAACAGUUCAGAGUAGCACAUGAAGAUCCCAUGUAUGACAUCAUUCGUGAGAAUAAAAGACAUGAAAAGGAUAUAAGGAUACAACAGUUAAAACAGUUACUGGAGGAUUCAACAUCAGAUGACGAUGGGAGCAGCUCCAGUUCUUCAGAAGAUAAAGAGAAACACAAGAAAAAGAAGAAGAAAGAAAAGCAUAAGAAGAAGAAGAAAGAAAAGAAAAAGAAGAAAAAACGAAAGCAUAAGUCUUCCAAGUCGAAUGAGAGUUCAGAUUCAGAAUGACGGAGCCUGGCUUGUUCAGCAUUCUCUUCUCCAAAACCAAACACUGUGGCCAAAGAUGAGAGGACCCGUGGAGGAAGGCGGAGUCGGAGAGGAACCGGAGAGACGCCCAGAGGGAGGGGCUGUGGAGGCCCAGGUGCGGGUUCUCCCCUGCCUUCCAGGGAGGAUGUGAGUUGUGUGUUGCCAGGUGCUAGCUCUGGACACGCCUGACUUCAGGCUGGAGAGGUUUUCCCCUUGUGCUCCUCCCUGCUGAUCCCUGUGGGUCCCAACUCCUUAGGAAUGCCUCGGGCAGGGCGGCCAGAUGAAGGGAGUCUCUGAGGAGCUCCUCCGGGUGCUGCCGUAGGUUCCACCUCCAGGGUGGAGCUGUGUAGAGCUCAGGCUUGAUUUCCCUCUGCUGCUGAGGAUAAUAAAAGCUCACUAUUUA